UUCGGUCGUGGGGUUUCCCACGAAUGGAAAUGUUGCUGAAUCGAACGCUAUAGUUGGCAUCACUUCGACUGUGCGAUUAGGGGAAGACAUUUCAGCAGAUAUUUUCUGUGUAGCCUACUUCGUCUUCUUAAAAAUGCACCGAUUCGAGAGCAACAUUUUGGGCUCAUAUAACUUGAAAUUGUGUACAUUGUGUCUAACUGAAAGACUGGCGAUUGCAUCUCACAAUUGUAUCCAAAUAUUUCAAUAUAAUUUACAUAAUUGUGCAAGCACUUCGCUUCAUUUGUUACACGGAACGCAAUUAAAAACGGCGUCCGUUUGGCGAGCCAUGUCCCGCACUGUCAGCAAAUUAAUUGUGUCUCAAGUAGGCUUUUGCACCUUGAAUAUCCUAUAGUUCGAUAUGCACAGCAAUGUGCUCUAUAAAACACACAUGACAUAUAUGGAUGUUCAAUCCAGCUUUCGUGGAGCGUGUUUGGUUCAUAAUUCGUAGUUUAAGUAACUUUGUGCAGUAAACUAUUCAUGUGGCGUACAAACCAGAUGGAUUUCAUAGUAGGCUACAAUGUAGAAUAUAUCAUACGUUAUCUAUGAACCAAAAUCACAAACGGGGCCUCUUCUGAUAUAAAUAUGCCUGAAAUGAACCAUAUUGCUCCCAUUUAUGUGGGCAGUUUAAGUAGUGACGAGAACGUUACGGUAAGGGUUAACUCUCUUGCUCGGAUCUUCGCCAUGUAAUAUUGUACAGAUCAGCUGUGGGAGGCGCAUGCGGAAUACUGACGUGCAAAGGCAUCAGGGAAUCUGAUUUGUCAAACUCGAACUGGGCGCCCGCCCUCGAUACACAAAACUACAGUACCUACAGUCAUAAGAGUAGAAUGAUUGUUGGCACAGGGAUGGAUCACGUACCAUUUGGAUAAUGAUUUGAACUCGCGUCCGCCUGGAUAUCUAAUAAUUGUGACAACAUCGUCGCUGCAGUGGAGUUAUGCAACAUUGUAACAAUUUGCAACAGUUCGCCCUUUGUGCAACGUGGAUGUGAUUAUUUUUUAGAGGGGAUACAUUGUCGCUUAAAAGGAGGACGCUAUGAGAUUGUAACCGCUUCGGAUGUAAUUCCGCUGGACGGACACCUUGAUGUUGCUGUGCAAAUAUUUUCAGGGUGCGUAGGGGUUUUGUUUGAUUGUACAUAGACCGAUGACAGAGGGUAUCGGUUUAUACACGUGUUGCAUUAUGUGGAAUUAAUUUGUUUAAAUCUGAACUGUUAUACAUACUUAUUUGCACUUUAAAUGCACGUCGCCUUGUCCAAAGGUUGAUAGGUGGAUUUGUUUUCUGAUGCCAGAACCCCCAGAUUGCCUGUAUGGCCGAAUCAUGAAGUUUUUUACAUUUUUGCUUUUGCUUCCAGAAACUUUAAAAAGGACUAAAAAGAGUGGGAAGCAGUCCGGCAAGCUGCCAGUAUGCUAUGAAAUCGUGACUUUGUCCGUGAAGAAGAAGAUGGCUGCAGAACUGUACCCUGCCAGCUUAAACACCAACCUCCCUAACAGCAACGGCGCGGUAGUGACUGCAGCCAGCAAGAAAAACAUCGUUCAGGUCACCCAAGCUGUGACCGUGCCAACUACGACUGCCACUCAGCAAAAUAUCAACAACAACAACGUCGAGACUACCAGUUGGCAGUCCACUCACCCGACAUUGCGAGAAAGGAAUGCCUUGAUGUUCAAUAAAGAACAUAUGGCCGAUGUUCAUUUCAUUGUGGGUCCCCCUGGUGAAUCACAGAAAGUUCCAGCGCAUAAAUAUGUUUUGGCUGUGGGCAGCUCUGUUUUUGGUGCCAUGUUUUAUGGAGACCUGGCAGAAGGGGAGUCUGAGAUUCACAUCCCAGACGUGGAGCCUGCUGCUUUUUUAAUUCUGUUAAAGUAUAUGUACAGCGACGAGAUUGAACUGGAGGCGGACACGGUGCUGGCCACUCUGUACGCCGCCAAGAAGUACAUUGUGCCUGCCUUGGCCAAGGCCUGCGUCACUUUCCUGGAGACCAGCCUGGAGGCCAAGAACGCCUGUGUGCUGCUCUCUCAGAGCCGCCUCUUCGAGGAGCCAGAGCUGACACAGCGCUGCUGGGAGGUGAUCGACGCCCAGGCUGAGCUAGCCCUCCGCUCCGAUGGCUUCUGUGAAAUCGAUCUGCAAACCCUGGAGAUCAUCCUGCGCCGUGAGACGCUGAACACGCGCGAGGCAGUGGUCUUCCAGGCAGUGCUGGAGUGGGCGGUGGCUGAGUGCCGGCGCCAGGGCCUGGGCGCCACGGCACGGAACAAGCGGGCGGUGCUGGGCAAGGUACUGUACCUGGUGCGCCUCCCCACCAUGACUCUGGAGGAGUUUGCUGACGGCGCGGCACAGUCGGACGUGCUCACCCUGGAGGAGACGCACAACAUCUUCCUGUGGUACACGGCGGCCAACAAGCCCAAACUGGAGUUCCCGCUGGCUCAGCGGACAGGCCUGACGCCGCAGCGGUGCCAUCGCUUCCAGUCAUCGGCCUACCGGAGCAACCAGUGGCGAUACCGGGGCCGCUGCGACAGCAUCCAGUUUGCCGUAGACAAGCGUAUCUUCAUUGCCGGCCUGGGCCUGUAUGGCUCAAGUGGCGGCAAGGCUGAGUACAGUGUCAAGAUUGAACUGAAGCGGCAGGGUGCCACGCUGGCGCAGAACCUCACCAUGUUCGUGUCGGACGGCUCCAGCAGCACAUUCUCAGUGUGGUUCGAGCACCCGGUCCAAGUGGAACAGGACACCUUCUACACGGUCAGCGUAGUGCUGGACGGCAACGAGCUGAGCUACUUUGGGCAGGAGGGCAUGACUGAGGUGCAGUGUGGAAAAGUGACAUUCCAGUACCAGUGCUCCUCGGACAGUACCAAUGGGACGGGCGUGCAGGGGGGGCAGAUCCCCGAACUGGUCUUCUAUGCAUGAACCCUAGGGUUGGUUUGUAACACAUCCCCUCCCCUGCGUGGAAGUGCAUUCUACCACUGGAUUCGUUGAACAUGCUGGGGAUUAUUAGAGGGUCCAAAAGCAAAAGAGUUCCUUUGCCUUCUUCAACAAUGUAGCAGCAGUGAGAAAUUAUGUAAAUGAAAACAUGCCUGUUAGUCCUUUGACAAAAUGUUUGAGUGAUGGAAUGCUCUUUCCAUUUUUAUUUAUUGAGAUAAAGAUAAAACCUAUGAUUUUAACUAUUGAGCGCUGUGGCAUGCAGCCUGGUGUAAAUAUUACAGAGAAGUUGUAUUAUUGCACUCCUACUGGGCCACUCCCUGUUAGCGUGUUGUUUUUUGUAAAUAACUUGAGGCUAAUUUGUUUACAGCUUGAGGUUGGCUGACAAAUGACAUGUCUUGUAUUUAGUGCGCAGCUUAAUGGAACUGCAGAACAUAAAGAAAACGUUUUUGUGACUCAAA